AUGGCGAGGCCGGACGAUUCCUCGGCCCCAAAACGCCCUCGCUCGAAGGCAAGUUCGCAAGGGAGACGCAAUAGUCGAGACCAACAUCAAGAUGACGACGUAGUUGUCAAUGAUGAGACACCACUUCUCAAAACCAGUCAUUCCAAUAUGGCCGUUCCCUCGUAUCAGACUCCCGACUUGAGUCUCGUGGCUGAGACAGAAGCACCCCAACAACCAGUGUCUUGGAUGUCAAUGCCCAAGAAGUGGCAGCUGGGCAUGGUCGUCUUUGCCCGCCUAGCCGAACCGCUGGCUGAGCGGUCACUUACAUCGUACCUCUUCUAUCAGUUGAAGUUUCUCAGUCCAUCUCUACCAGACUCGGCAAUUGCAAGACAGGCCGGUCUUCUCACUGCCGCAUUCGCCGCUGCCCAGUGUGUAACUGGCAUGUUAUGGGGACAUGUGGCUGACAGUCCUCUUUUUGGUCGAAAGCGAGUCCUUCUCGUGGGGCUGCUGGGAACUUGUAUCUCAGCGAUCGGGAUGGGUCUAUCUACUUCCUAUGCCUCUGUGGUGUUCUUCCGUGUUCUAGCUGGAGCACUGAACGGAAACGUAGGUGUUCUCAGGACCAUGAUUUCGGAAAUUGUUGAAGACAAAAGGUACCGAUCUCGAGCUUUUCUUCUACUUCCAAUGUGCUUCAACGUUGGCGUCAUUAUUGGACCUCUUCUAGGUGGAUUUCUUGCCGACCCUAUCGAAUCUCUACCCUCAAUCUUCGGGCCGGGAUCCUUCCUCGGUGGUGUAGAUGGAGUCGAGUGGAUGAUACGAUUCCCAUACGCUCUGACAAACUUUGUUUGCUCAAGCAUCUUGAUGAUUGCGGCUUUGGGAGUAGUCCUCGGGCUGGACGAAACGCAUCCACUCCGGCGCCAUCGCCGGGACCGAGGCCGGGACCUUGGACGUUUCCUUCUCAGAAAGGUCUUUAGAAUGGAAAGCCCGCCCAAUGACUAUCAUCUCGUUGGCAAUGCAAACGAGCCGGCCGAAGCCGGAGACGUUGAGGACCAAACUUCGUCCAGCAAGCCCGUGGAAGACAAGGGCCGGGCGCCUCUGCGUGCUAUCUGCACCCGCAACGUUAUCUUGACGCUGGUUCAGAACUUUUCCUCGGCUCUCCACGUUUCUGCCUUCAACUCCAUACUGUUCGUUAUGCUACCAGCACCCCAAGCAGACAACACCAAUGCUCAACUUCCAUUCCGAUUCACAGGUGGUCUGGGUCUGUCAUCCCAGAAGGUCGGCUUUGCUAACACAGUCAUUGGAGCUGUCGGUCUUCCCCUCCAAAUCCUCUUGUUUCCCUGGAUCAGCAGUAGGCUCGGUGUCCUACAGUCCUACCGCACAUUCCUCCCCUUCAGUGCGCUGGCGUACUGCUCGCUGCCCUAUCUCGCCCUGUUGUCGAAUAAGAGCCCGCUCUUGUGGCCCUUUUUGUCCGUCAUCUUGAGUGCACAAGUCAUGUCGAGAACGUUUGUAGGGCCGGCAACGAUCAUGCUGGUCAACGACUCUGCUCCGCACCCUGCCCUACUAGCCACCGUGCAUGGUGUUGCAUCGAGCACUUCAGCCGCAGCUCGCAUGCUUGGACCUACUAUCGGAGGAACUGUCCUCGGCUGGGGACUUAGCAACAACUUUGUUGGUGCGCCGUUCUGGGGCAUUACGCUUGUUGCUCUUAUCAACUGGUCUUUACUCUAUGUAGUGAGGGAAGGAAACCCCAUAUAG